AUGCAAACUGGCGAAUCUCAGGAAUCCUCCAGCCCCGGAAUUCUUCCUGAGACAAUGAAGCACAGGAUGCUCAUACUUGUGAAUGAACGCAAUGAUAAACCUGAGCAAUUUAAACCAAAUUCAGAAUUAAAUAUCGGAAAUGAGCUCAAAGAAAAGGCAGAAGAAGUGCUUCAAUCAGUGGGUACUGGAGCAGAGCCAGAGCAAGAAGAAAAUAAAGAAUUAACUCAAAAUCAAACCGAGGUCAAACAAAAUGUGGAUGAAGUAAAGGAAAAGGUCGAAGCAUUACUAACUAAUAAUGAACAGAAACCUGAGGCAAGUGAUAAAACUCAAGAAGAACAAAUUGUUGAAAAUAACGAACAAAUCAAACCAACCGAAAAUGUAAAUGAUAAGCUAGAAAAUCUAGUUAUAGGUAGUGAAACUACAAAUACUGAACCAAAGCCGGAAGAAAAAUCAGAAUUAGCACAAAAUACGGCCGAAUCAGUUGAGCAGGCAAAAGAGAAACUAGAAAACGUUAUUAUGCCAACAAAUGAUCAGCCAGAGCAAAAAUCGGACGAAGAAAAAAUUUCAAAUAAAGUUCCAAUCGAAAAUUUACAAGAAAACAAAAAUGAAUCACAAGAUAAUCAGCCAGACAAUGAAAAUAAGCCAGAAACGUUAAAUACUAAUGAUUCUGAGAAUUUAGGAAAAGACCAGCUUCAAAAUCUUCUCCAACCUUUACAAAACGAAGAAACAGAAAACAAAAACAAUGAAGAAGAAGCUCAGAAAGAAGAUAAGCCUGAAAAUUCAGAAGAUCAAAAUAAUAAUCAAAAUGAAGGAAAGAAUGAAGAGAAAAACGAGGAUAUAUUCAAAGUAAUGCAAAUGGAAGAGACUAUCAUUCAUGAAGACAAUCAAAACGAAGAUACAAAAAUUUCAGAAAAAUUUAACGAAGGAGCACAUGAAAUUGUGAACCUAGUUUCACCAGAUGAAGCUCAACAACAACCUCCAAGCAACGAAAUUACCGAAAUCUCAGAAAAUGAAAACAAAUCAGAUGAUAAAAACUGUUCUACAGAUUCUCCUCCACAUGGAUCACGUCAGGGAACUGCCACAUCCGAAAACAAUGACAACAGUUUAUUCAUUGCUCAAAUUGACAAACCUUAUGUAGCAAAUCAGACUCAGCCAGCAGCAAAGAAGUAUUCGGAUGAAGAACUUGCAGCUGCUAUGCAUACAUAUAUUGUCCAUAAGACUCUUCCUCAUCCAGAACAAAGGUCAGAAUUAUAUGUCUACAUUGGUCACAAAGGAUUCGAGUCAAUGAUGAAUGGAAACUACCAGAAGGCCAAGGAAAUGAAUAUCCUGCAGUCAGAAUUCCAAAAAAGUAUGAAAGAAAAUGCAACUGCAGAAGCUUAUAAAAAACGUGAAGCUGAACUCGAAAAACAUCUUGACAACGCAAUCCACCAGCUCCACAACCUCACUGCAUCAUGGGAAGAGAAAAUUCAGAAUUAUCAAGAUACGGAACAGGCGAAAUUAGACAAAUUAGGGGACAAACAUAGCGAAAAAUUGGAUAAAUUCAAUGAAAAAUACGAAAAUCCAGAUAAUCUUCGCGAAUUUUCCAAAGCAUCUCCAGCAUUAUUGUCAAUGAGAGAAAGAGAGAGGUCAUUGUUACUUGCAAAUGAGUUCAAAGAGGCCACUGCUGCAAGGUCAAUCGCUGAGAAGAUGGAAGAAGAAGAAGCGGAAAGGAUGCAAAAAAUUGCUGAAAUGGAAGUGAAUUUACGAAGGCAAAACUUAACAUCCAAGCUUCAGAAGGAGAUAAACAUUGCAUCCCAAAAAGCUACAGCCAAAAUAAAAGUAAUGACAGCUCAAAAAGAAAGAGAAGAACAAGCAUUAAAAGCUCACAUUGAAAAUUUAAGCAGAGAACUCGAACAAAUAAGGGAAAGAAAAGGUCUGAACUCCAAAAUAAUUGUUUCAAAGAUGCAGCCAAUUGUUCCUAAAAUGUCACAACAACAAGUUAAACAACUUAAAAGUUUUAGAAACGAAAGUCCAGCAAAAAGACUACUUGUUAGACCUAAUGUUUACACAGCUACGGCAAAGAAUGCAAGAAAGAGCGCUAAUAGAGUAUUACCUGCAUUUCCAGAAUAA